AUGACAGUUUAUCUGUAUGGACGGCAGCUGAGACGUCCUCUUCUAUCAACAUGUUCACGUUUUUGCCCCGUCCGCAAUGCCUCCAGAUCUCGCGUUUUGGCCCGCGGUUUUGUCCCUCUGCAGCACAAUCGCGGGGCAACGACAAAAACUUCUUCCAAACUUAAUGAUCUUCGUCAAGGAUGUUUAAAGAAAUCUCUGGAACCAUACCCGUCGGUUGUCAAUGAUGCGCCUCAGUAUCCAACGGUGAUUCAAGGAGCCAAAAACAACAUGCUAAAAUUUAAAAACUGUGUACUGCUGACAAGGGUGGGCAACUUUUACGAGCUCUAUUUCGAACAAGCCGAAGAAUACGCUAAACUGCUGAACUUGAAAUUGGCACAGAAGAAGACAAACGCUGGUGUCGUUCCAAUGGCAGGCUUCCCGUAUUUCCAACUGGAACGUUUUCUAAAAAUCCUGGUUCAGGACUUAAACAAGUAUGUGGCUAUUAGCGAGGAAUAUCGCAACAGUGAAGUUGAAAAAGCCAAAUCGGGGGGUCUACAAUAUGACCGUAAAGUUGCUCGAAUUGUUACACCCGGGACAUUGAUUGACGAGAAGUUUAUGGAUCCUUUUGAGAACAACUUUCUCCUGUCAGUGUAUAUGGCCCAUACCCUCCCAGAGGAGACGGAAAUACUAUCGCCUGGACAGCAUCCUUAUAUCUCGGGGUCUCGAUCUAUCGGUAUGUCCUGGCUAGACUUGUCAACAGGGGUUUUUUUUACCCAGAGUACGACAGCACAAAUGCUACCAUCUGCCAUUACCAGAAUUAAUGCCCGGGAGAUAGUUAUCGACGUUCAGGUCGAUGAUAAAUUCAAACAAGAGCUUCAAGCAAUUGUUGGGCAAGACCAGAAACACCUUAUAACGUCGUUUAAAUGUCAGGACCAGACGAAGAUGCUGUCCGAUUGGAGUUCGGUCUUUGAAUCCCCAAUAACCCCUGAUGCAGCUAGCAUGUUUACUACAGAGGAAAUAGCUUCAUGUAACAUGUUGCUGGAAUAUGUCCACUUUCAGAUCCGGGGAAUGAAUAUGAAACUCCAGGCGCCACGCCGCAGGCAUCUUGACCAAUCUAUGACUAUUGACCGUAGUAGCCUAAAGGGGCUGGAGAUUUUAGAAACCGCUCGAGAUGGUCUUGGGAAAGGAAGCCUUCUCCACGCUGUGCGUCGAACGUCAACUAAAAGUGGAGCACGACUGCUUAGAGAUAGAUUGACGUCGCCUUCUGCUUCACUACAUAUUAUAAACGAGCGCCUUGAUUUGGUAUCCAAGUUCCUUGCAGAUGAAGACCUACGACAAAAUAUAACACUUCUCCUUAAACGUAGCUACGACUCUCAACGAUUGGUUCAGAAGUUUUCAUUAGGAAGAGGCGACGCCGACGAUCUCAUAUGCCUCUCAAAGACAAUUCAAGCGUCGCGAGAUAUAAAAGAUGUUCUGCUACAGAAUAUCGAAGGUUCUGAUCAACCUUCUGACCAAGAAGCCAAUCCUGAUGUGACUCGUGGUUUACGUUCCAUGCUUGAUCGUCUGAACCUCAAUGGCCUCGAAGCACUUUCAAAGCGAAUACUCGGUGCAAUUGAUGAAGAGGGGCUCCUUCAAAAGCAGCGGAUUGAGGAUGACGCGGCCGCCGAAGCUGCGGCCCUAGCUCAACAAGUUAUUUUGAAUGAAGGAUCCCCAGAAGAUCUAGAAGCUAUGCCCAAGAAAAUCCAAGAUCAGUAUGGUGCCAAGCAAAAGGAGUCGAACGGGGUUGAACAGUCAGAUGGAGACGCAUGGAUCAUACGCCGCGAUGCGAGCGAGAAGCUGCAAGAGCUUCACGAUAAACUUGAUUAUCUGAACAACGAAAAGUCAGAAUUAACACUGGAACUACAGGAUAUCGCCGGAACUGCCAAUCUAAGUCUCAAAUGGACUCCUGCACUUGGCCAUAUUGUUCAUGUGAAGGGAACAAAGGCAUCCCAACAAUCAGUCGAAGCCUUGGAAGGAAUGCGAUCCGUUUCCUCAUCAAAAUCAACACGCUCCUUUUAUCUAAGUUCUUGGACACAAUUGGGUGCUCAAAUAGGCGAAGCAAAGGAAGAGAUCAAGAACGAACAACAGCGUGUUUUGAGAAACCUCCGCGAAGACGUAAUUUUGAACCUUGUGAAACUGCGGAGAAAUGCCGCUGUAUUGGACGAACUUGACGUUGCAUGCUCAUUUGCCAAUCUUGCCAAGGAGCAGCGGAUGGUUAGACCGGUUAUCAACAAUGGCACAAGCCACAAAAUCGUGGGCGGAAGACAUCCAACGGUAAAACUUGGAUUGGAGGAACAAGGCCGCCCUUUUGUUAGCAACGACUGCUUCAUCGGAGAACAGGAGCGAAUAUGGCUCAUAACGGGCCCAAACAUGGCCGGCAAAAGCACCUUUUUGCGUCAAAAUGCUCUCAUUACCAUUCUCGCGCAGGUCGGCUCGUUCGUCCCGGCAGAACAUGCAGAGAUAGGUGUUGUGGAUCAGAUAUUCAGCCGUAUUGGUGCUGCGGACGACCUGUUCCGCAACCAGUCUACCUUCAUGGUAGAGAUGUUGGAAACGGCCGCGAUUUUGAAAAAUGCAACGCCACAUUCCUUUGUCAUCAUGGAUGAAGUUGGGCGGGGGACGACGCCGGAGGACGGAACUGCGGUUGGAUAUGCAUGUCUUCUCCAUCUCCAUAACGUCAAUCAAUGUCGCACGCUAUUUGCAACGCAUUUCUAUGCACUGGCUGACAUGACUGCUGGCUUCGAACGUUUGGCUCGAUACUGCACGGACUUAAAGGAGGACUUGUCGGGGUCGUUUUCGUUCGAUCAUAGAUUGAGAAAGGGCGUGAAUCGCCGAUCCCACGCUUUGAAGAUUGCACGCUUAGCAGGCCUUCCGGAGAGUGUCAUCGAUGUCGCAAAUGACGUGUUGGGCGAAAUUUCCGGCGGAGGAAGCUAUGAGCCCGACGAGAAUCUAUCUGGUCGCGGUCUAGCUGCCCAACGCGGCUCGUGA